UCUUCCCCCAGGCGCAUGCCACUUAAACCCAGGAAAGUGGUUCACUUGUCAGGACAAAUCACGUGGAUUGGGUGUGCACGGGAAGCGUAUUUCGCUCCGCAAACACCACAGGGGUCAGCGCUUUGCAAAGGUUCCAGUCUCCCGCGUCCUCCGGAUCAGGGCAUUUACUCCGCCGAGCCGGCAAGGGGCGCGCGCGCGACCUCCCCUUUUCGCCGCCAAUUCGCGAGUGCCGCAGGCCCGGCCUCCCGCGGCCGCCCCUUGGCGGGCGGGGCGCUUCCCGUUCCGGGGCGCGAAGGACCCGGAUGCGAGCGUGCUUAUAUAAGCGCCCGCCGGCCCUUCCGCCCUCCUUUCUGGGGCGUGGUAGUGCUCGCCGCGGAGCUCUGCUCGGCCUGCUCCCGUCCUGACUCACCGCUGUUCGCUCCCGCCGAGGAACAAGUCGGUCAGGAAGCCCGCGCCGCAGCUAUGGCUUUCAAAGACACCGGGAAGACGCCCGUGGAGCCCGAGGUGGCGAUCCAUCGCAUCCGGAUCACGCUCACCAGCCGCAACGUGAAGUCGCUGGAGAAGGUGUGUGCCGACCUGAUCAGAGGCGCCAAGGAGAAGAACCUGAAAGUGAAGGGGCCGGUGCGCAUGCCCACCAAGACCCUGAGGAUCACUACAAGAAAAACACCUUGUGGUGAAGGCUCCAAGACGUGGGAUCGUUUCCAAAUGAGAAUCCACAAGCGUCUCAUUGACUUGCACAGCCCCUCCGAGAUAGUUAAGCAGAUUACGUCCAUCAGUAUUGAGCCGGGCGUGGAGGUUGAAGUCACCAUUGCAGAUGCCUAAGUCAACUGUUCUAAUAAAUUGACUUAAUCGGUUAAAA